AGGAAAGCUCCACACGGCGCGCUCUCUCUCUUUCUCUCUCUCUCUAGGAAGUGUGCUUGAGAAGUUUGCUCACCAUUCAUACACAGCUCUUUGUGUAUGUAUAUUACACACAACCCUUGAUCAAGUUUGAUCAGUCACUGUUUGUUUACUGUAUUAUAAAACAGGAAAUCUUGAACAGAACUUGUUUUUAGCCAACGCAGUGGAGCUGAUUCUAGAAUGAAAAGGUUCAAAGUUGUGCAUACAAUUGAUAUGGCUAUCGAUGGAGGGAACCAACAGCUUGCCGCUGAUUCUGUUCCUUUUGCCAGAAGCUAUCAGCUGGAAGCAUUGGAAAAAGCGCUAAAGGGGAAUACCAUUGUGUUCUUGGAGACUGGUUCUGGGAAGACCCUGGUUGCAAUCAUGCUCCUCCGUAGCUACGCCCACCUCCUCAGAAAGCCUUCACCCUUCAUUGCUGUUUUUUUGGUCCCUACUGUUGUUUUGGUGACCCAACAAGGUGAAGCUAUUGCGAUGCACACGGACUUAAAGGUGGGCAAGUAUUAUGGUGAGUUGGGUGUUGAUUACUGGGAUGCUGCCACAUGGAAGCAUGAAAUGGAUGAGCACGAGGUGCUUGUUAUGACUCCAGCAAUUUUGCAUGCUGCCUUGAGUCAUAGAUUUUUGAAUAUUGAUUGGAUAAAAGUUCUCAUAUUUGAUGAGUGCCAUAAUGCCCGAGGCAACCACUUUUAUGCUCGCAUCAUGAGGGAAUUCUAUGCUCGCCGACUAAACGAAAAUGCUCUGCACCUUCCUAGAAUAUUUGGGAUGACUGCUUCCCCUAUAAAGGCUAAAAGCUCAUGCUCGGCCACUGACUACUGGAAACAGAUUAGGCAACUUGAAAAUCUAAUGAAUUCAAAGGUCUUCACAUGUGAAAGUGAAUCUGUUAUAGCUCAGUGUAUCCCAUUUUCGACUCCAAAAGUGAAGAUAUACAAACAUUUGGAUGUUCCUUGCGACAGUGUUGAAGGUAUUGCAAGUGACCUGAAAAGGCUGAUAGAGAAGCAUGAACUUUCUCUGAAAAGAAUCUCGAGCUCUGUAGCUAAAUCUGCAACGAGAAGAUUAUCUAAGCUUUGCUCUACCUUCAUGUUUUGUUUAACUGAGCUGGGAGUUUGGUUAGCUAUACAGGCAGCAGAGACUUUAUCUUGUGAAGUAAACAAUGUCUUUCCAUGGUUGAAAUUGGAUGUCAGCGGCGAUGAGGUUGUUAGAGAUUUCAGUUUGGAUGCGCUUAAAGUCUUUUAUGCCUUUGUGCCAUUGGGGCCACAAGGGUCUAAUCUUUAUGAUGUAAAAGCAAAACUGAAUUCUGGUUAUGUUACAUCGAAGGUUGUCUGCCUCGUCGACACUCUUCUUGAAUACAGGGAAAUUAAGGAUUUGAGAUGUAUAGUCUUUGUUGAAAGGAUUAUCACGGCUAUUGUUAUUCGGAAUUUGUUGAAUGAGUUACUUCCAGAUGUCAGUGGGUGGAGAACGGAAUACACAGCAGGGAACACUUCUAAGCUGCAAUCGCAGAGUAGGAAAGAACAAAACAAAAUUGUUGAUGAAUUCCGCAAGGGCACUGUUAACAUUAUCAUUGCAACCUCAAUGCUUGAAGAGGGAUUAGACGUGCAAAGGUGCAACCUUGUGAUUAGAUUUGACCCCUCUGCCACAGUCUGUAGCUUUAUUCAGUCACGUGGACGUGCUCGUAUGCAAGACUCAGACUUCGUAUUAAUGGUAAAAAGUGGGGAUACUGCCACCCUCAAUCGUGUGGAGAACUAUUUGGCUAGUGGAGAUAUAAUGCGGAAGGAAUGCUUGAGCCAUGCUAGCCUUCCUUGUGAACCUCUUGAUAGUAAAUUAAACAGUGAAGAAUACUAUGAAGUUGAAAGCACUGGAGCAAUUGUGACUUUGAGUUCUAGUGUAUCUUUGCUCCACUUCUAUUGCUCACGGCUACCUUCCGACUGUUACUACAAACCUUACCCUCGUUGUGUGGUUGACAAAGAAUUGAAAAUUUGCACACUUCACCUUCCGAGAAGCUGCCCAAUCCAAACUAUUACUGUUCAUGGCAACACUAAAAUACUGAAGCAACUUGCAUGCCUAGAAGCUUGCAGAAAACUUCAUCAGGUCAGUGCCCUGACAGAUAAUCUUGUGCCUGAUAUUGUCAGGGAAGCUGCUGAUGCUGAAGAAUUUGGAUAUAAACCUCCUUAUAUGGAGGAACAAGUACAGUACAGCCCACCCGAAUUGGUUGGUUAUCAUGGCAAUGAGUCCGAAAGGCUGUACUAUUGCUAUUUACUUGAGUUGCAGCAGGAGUUCAAUUAUACUGUCCAGCCACAAGACAUUGUGCUUGCCGUCAGGAUGAGACUAGAAUCUGACGUUGAGACGUUAAAUUUUGAUUUAGAUGUUGACAGGGGAAAACUAAUUGUGCAUGUAAAAUAUAUUGGAAGCAUUACACUGACUACUGAGCUGGUAUUUCUGUGUCAAAUGUUUCAGACCACCGUUUUUAAGCAUCUCUUCCAUAAUAAUAUUAAUGAACUUCAUGAAGAUCAUGGCAAAUCUUACGCGUGGAGUGAUUGUGUACCCUUUGAUUAUCUUCUUCUUCCGACUCAAGGCUCACGCCAGCAUUUACUAAUUGAUUGGAACUGCAUUAAUUCUUUUCUAUUUCAAAAGAACAGUCUGUGCGAUAUGCACGAAUGUUGUUCUUCACCCAAAGGUCAUGGUCAUCUUGUGCACACAAAAAAUGGUUUGUUGUGUACGUGCUUGCUAGAGAAUUCCUUGGUUAAUACGCCUCACAAUGGUUCCAUGUAUUGCAUCACGGGAACUCUGGGUGGUUUGUAUGGAAAUUCAUUUCUUCGUUUAAAAGAUGGAGAAUCUGUUACUUACAAAGAGUACUAUGAAAAGAGACAUGGAAUCAAAUUGCAUUUUGAAAAUGAAACACUUCUUAACGGGAGACGCAUCUUUACUGUGCAAAAUUUCCUUCAGAGAUGUAGAAAUGAGAAGGCAAAAGAACCAAGUAAUGCAUCAUGCGAACUGCCACCUGAACUUUGUACAAUAAUCAUGUCGCCUAUAUCUAUUUCUACAUUUUACUCUUUUUCCUUUCUUCCAUCUGUCAUGCAUCGGAUUGAGUCUUUGCUCUUGGCUUCAAACUUGAAAAGAAUGCACAUGGAUCUCUGCACAAUAAAUGUUGAUAUUCCAACCAUCAGAGUUUUGGAAGCAAUCACUACAAAGAAAUGCCAAGAAAAACUUCAUCUUGAAUCAUUAGAGACCCUUGGGGACUCUUUUCUGAAAUACACUGCAGGUCAACAUGUUUUCAAAAUGUAUCAAAAAGAGCACGAGGGGCUUCUUAGUAUUAGAAAAGAAAAAAUAAUUGCCAAUGCUACAUUGUGCAAGCUGGGAUGUGACCGCAAAAUUCCGGGUUUCAUCCGCAAUGAACCAUUCGAUCCCAAAACAUGGAUAAUUCCUGGGGAUAAUUCUGCCAACCAUGGUUUAGAAGAGGAGUUGCUUUCAUCUAGAAAAGUCUAUGUUAAAGGGAGCAGGAAGCUAAAAAGUAAGGUUAUUGCAGAUGUUGUUGAAGCGUUAAUUGGGGCAUUCCUUAGUGCAGGUGGUGAAUCAGCGGCCUUAUCCUUUAUGGCAUGGCUGGGCAUAAAUGUUGAUUUUGUUAGUGUGCCCUAUACAAGGCCCUUCCCUGUUAAUCCUGAGGCACAUGUCAAUGUUAGAUAUGUAGAGUCUCUGCUGAACUAUCGGUUUCGUGAUGCUUCUUAUUUAGUUGAAGCACUAACUCAUGGUUCUUACAUGCUACCUGAAAUUCCAAGAUGUUAUCAGCGUCUAGAAUUUCUUGGAGACUCGGUACUAGAUUAUGUGAUAACGGUGCACCUGUAUGACAAAUAUCCUGGCCUGUCUCCUGGUCUUCUAACUGAUCUUAGGUCAGCAUCUGUGAACAAUGAUUGCUAUGCUCAAUCUGCAGUUAAAGCAGGACUGCACAAACAUAUUCUUCAUGCUUCACAAGAACUUCACCGGCAUAUAAUCGAGACAGUUCACGAUACCGAGGAAACACCCUUGGUCUCAACUUUUGGUUGGGAAUCUGAGAUAACUUUCCCAAAGGUGCUUGGGGAUGUUAUAGAAUCUCUUGCUGGGGCUGUCUUUGUUGAUUCUGGGUAUAACAAAGAGAUUGUUUUUCGAAGUAUAAGUCCUCUUCUCGAGCCCAUGAUCACACCCGAGACACUGAGGCUUCAUCCUGUGAGAGAAUUAACAGAAUUAUGUCAGAAAAAACAUUUCACUUUCAAGAAUCCCAUUUUCAUUCGUGAAAACGGGGUGUCAUUUGUUGAAGUGGAGGUCGAAGCCAAUGGCAUUGUACACAAAGAGUCACGUUCAGCUUCCGAUAAAAGUACUGCCAAGAGACUGGCUUGCAAAGCUGUAUUGAAGUCACUUAAAAAUAGAAUUGCCAUGGUCUGAGCUCAAAACCAGAUGCUUGUCCUCUUGGAGUCGGCAUUUCCAUGGAGUUGUGUUGAAUUGACAUUGAUGAUUAGCAUCUGUUAUGAUUAUCUGUUAUGAAGGUUUUGUUGACGUUUCUCAUAAUUUUUGGGAUCAUGAAAGUUAUGAUCCUUUUAAAUAUUAAGUUGAAGCUCUGAAUCUAUUAUUAUAUUUUCAAAGGCUUAAUAAAAUAUGGAUUAGUUUUCCCUU